AUGUAUAAAAAUAAUCAAACAGAAGAUAAUUAUGAUCAUAUUGAUAAUUCACUGAUUUAUACUACAACAAACAUUCCAGGACCUGGUUGUGAUAUGAAUAAUUUUAACUGCUGUCCUAAUUAUGUUUGUAAUUGUACAGAUUCUUGCAAAACACUAAAUUGUAAAUGUGUUCGUUUAGUUGGUUGUAAUAAUUAUGACAAUUUUGGUAAACUAAUUUCUAUCAAUAGAUUUAUAUAUGAAUGCAAUAAUUUAUGUAAUUGUAUGUCUUCUUGUCAAAAUCGAGUUGUUCAACUGGGACCACGAAUUGGACUACGUAUAUCUCAUAAUACUAAAGGUUAUAGUUUAUAUACUGAUAUUGCUAUUGAAAAAGGACAAUUUGUUUGUGAAUAUGCUGGUGAAAUAAUUGAUUUGCCUGAAGCAAAGAGACGUUCAAAUUUAGACAGUGAAAAUUAUAUAUUUGUGAUAAAUGAACAUGUUGCCGAUUGUGUUACCACUACUGUAAUUGAUGCUACUAUUAUUGGAAAUAUUGGUCGUUAUAUUAAUCACAGUUGUCAGCCAAAUUGCAUGAUUAUACCAGUUCGUAUUGAUUCAUUAAUUCCAAGAUUAGCAAUUUUUGCAAUAAAUGAUAUAAAAUGUAACGAAGAAAUAACAUAUCAUUAUGGUGGUGAAGGAGGAUCUCACUCUCAUAAUAAUUUGUCUGAAAUUAAAUGCUUGUGUGAAUCAUUUAUUUGUAACGGAUUUUUACCCCGUAAAACUGGGUUAUUUUAA